UGAUAUCCAAACGUACUCUAUAUAUAUUCUCAUCAGACAUGGGCAUUGAAAUUUAGUAAUCUACUUAAUAGCAGUUGAUAACCUUGAUACUGAGAAUUUGAGAUGCAUUUUCAUCUUUCCCUAACUAUUUUCUUGACCAUUAAAAUUAUGGAAAUAAGUCAAAUAAUGAAAUUAUAUGAAGAAAAAAAUGUGAGAAAGGACCAAAAAAAAAAAAGGACCCAACCCAACCCAGGCCAGAAUCAACCAUGGCCGCUCCUCUUCUUCUCAGACAGGUUCUCCUGCUUCGCGCUUGCCUCCAUAGCCACACCGCCAGAGCCGUUGUCGCGCGCCACCGUCUGUGGUGCAGCGCCGCCACGAACUCACCGUCGAAUGAGGCGGAGGAGAAAGCAAUCCCCAGCACCACCUUCAACCUGCGGAGCGAUAAGUACCAGGCAAAUCACCCGCGUUGGGAGGAUGAUCCUGACUAUCGGAAAUGGAGGGUUAAAGAAGAGGAGAUUCUCAAGGACAUUGAACCUAUCAUGUUGCUUAUGAAGGAUAUUCUCCAUUCGCGAAAGUAUAUGGAUGGACAGAGACUGAGUGUGGAGGAUGAGAAAGAUAUAGUGGAGAAGCUACUUGCUUAUCAUCCACACUCUGAAGAUAAGAUUGGGUCUGGUCUUGAAUCCAUUAUGGUUGACCGUCACCCCCAUUUUCGGCAUUCAAGGUGUCUUUUUGUUGUAAGAACUGAUGGAGGCUGGAUCGAUUUCUCCUAUCAAAAGUGCCUUCGGAAAUACAUCAGAGAUAAGUACCCUAUCCAUGCAGAAAGGUUUAUUCGAGAACAUUUUAAACGUGGGAGUGGUUGAUGUAUAUAAAGUCAGAAUUUGUCUACUUUGUUUUUGAUAAUAUGACUACUUUUUAAUCUGUUUUCACCCUUCAUUAUUCAGUGGCUUGCUUAGAUAGUUGAUGGUAAUCAUUGGCUGGGAUGUCAAGCUUAUUUUGAAAGAAACGCAAAUGAUUGAACUGAACUUCACUUAGUAGACUUGUGGAAAACUUUGCUGGCGAUGCCGAAAUUGGUGGUUAGAUUUAGAUAACUGUUAGGCUAUAAGGAAUGAGUUUUUGUUGAUUGACCACUUCUAUUAUUGUAGGGAAUUUAUUAUUAUGCGAUGUCCUCAAUCAUCACAAA